AUGAAUUGUUAUGAUUUACUAGGGGCUGCAUUUGGGGCAGUGAAUGGUCUUCGGCUAGGAUUGAAGGAAACUCAGAACAUGGCCUGGUCCAAACCAAGAAAUGUACAGAUUUUGAAUAUGGUGACGAGGCAAGGGGCACUUUGGGCUAAUACUCUAGGUUCUCUGGCUUUGCUCUAUAGUGCAUUUGGUGUUAUCAUCGAGAAAACACGAGGUGCAGAAGAUGACCUCAACACAGUAGCAGCUGGAACCAUGACAGGCAUGUUGUAUAAAUGUACAGGUAGGUACUAUUGAGUGGAGCGCUUUCUUUUAAUACAUUUGAAGUAUGCUUUUGGCAGUCCAUGGUUUU